CUUAACGACUUCUCAUACAUCCUUUCACUUGCUCUCGCUCUUUGGCAGUGAGCACCCUUCAUACACCGGCAACACGCAACAGAGAGCAGUCUGUCCUCCGCCCCCCACAGCACACGUUUCGCCGAUCCGAGCCGUGCAGCCAGCCUCAGUGAGAGCAGCCCGGACACACACCGGAGACAAACCGGAGAGCAGCGAUGUUUUCCUGCAGAGCAGCUUGGCAGAGGUGUGGGCCUCUGGCGCGGAAAGCAGCCUACAGGUUGCCCCGAGAUGUUGUGCAGCGGCGUCCGAUGUCCUCCAUGCCCGGGGGCUCCGUAGAGAAUAUAUUGUACAGCCUGCUGUGUGGAGGAGCCUUGGUUGCUUCGGUGUCCUACGCCUACAGCACCGUGUCUUCUGACGGCAACAGGUUCAAUGAUCGCAUCUCAGAAAUCAAAGCCCGGCCCAAGACGGAGUGGGUCCCUAAACCUUGGCCACCUAAGAGUAAAGAGGAAGAUGAGGCUGGAGAGGAGGAGGAGGAGGAGGAGGCAGCAGCAGCCGAGGAGGAGGAGGCCGCUGAAGAGGCUGAGGUCGGAGCAGAGGAGGCUGCUGAUGGGGAGGUGGAGAGCGUAGCAGAGGCAGUUGCUGAGGUCGUUGCCGAGGUGGCGGAGGUCGUUGCCGAGGUGGCGGAGGUCGUUGCCGAGGUGGCGGAGGAAGUUGCCGAGGUAGCGGAGGAAGUUGCCGAGGUGGCGCAUGAAGUGGAGACUGUGGCAGAAGAAGUGGCUCACGCAGCUGAGGCUGUGGAGGAGGCUGCCGAGGCGGGCGCAGAACCAGCCGCCGCCGAGGAGUCCGGCAGCAACGUGCCGCUGGCCGCUGCCUCUGCUCUAGAGGCUCCAGAGAUAACUGAAGACAAGGAAGAGUUGGCAACCGCUGGUGAAGACAAGGAACCCCUGCCAUCAGUAGAAGAAGCCCCUGCACCAGUAGAGGUGGCACCAGUAGAAGAAGCCCCUGCACCAGUAGAGGUGGCACCAGUAGAAGAAGCCCCUGCACCAGUAGAGGUGGCACCAGUAGAAGAAGCCCCUGCACCAGUAGAGGUGGCACCAGUAGAAGAAGCCCCUGCACCAGUAGAAGAAGCCCCUGCACCAGUAGAGGUUGCCCAAGUAGAAGAAGCCCCUGCACCAGUAGAGGUUGCCCAAGUAGAAGAAGCCCCUGCACCAGUAGAGGUGGCACCAGUAGAAGAAGCCCCUGCACCAGUAGAGGUGGCACCAGUAGAAGAAGCCCCUGCACCAGUAGAAGAAGCCCCUGCACCAGUAGAGGUGGCACCAGUAGAAGAAGCCCCUGCACCAGUAGAGGUGGCACCAGUAGAAGAAGCCCCAGCACCAGUAGAAGAAGCCCCAGCACCAGUAGAAGAAGCCCCUGCACCAGUAGAGGUGGCACCAGUAGAAGAAGCCCCUGCACCAGUAGAAGAAGCCCCAGCACCAGUAGAAGAAGCCCCUGCACCAGUAGAGGUGGCACCAGUAGUAGAAGCCCCUGCAGAGACCUUGGCAGAGGGUCCCCAGAGAGAGUACAUCGUUGUGGUUCUUGAAGGAGCACCUAAAGCUGAGAAGCGGCCCAAGGUGCUGGGCGUGAGCUCCAUGACUGGUAGAGUCAUCGCAGCCCCAGAGGAGGACCACGCCCCUGAGGGUAGGCGACGUCUUCUUAGGAUGCAAAUGCAGUAGUUCCAAAUAAGUAAACGGCUCCUGGAUGAUGACCUAAUAUCCUCCAGAAGGAGAGGAUUUGCCUUUCUCCAACAUCUUCCCUUCCUCCCUUUACCCCAUACAAAUCAAAGGGACUUGUAGUAGUACAAAUACAGUUCCAGUGUUCAAAUAUAAAUAAUGCACAGACCCAUGCCUGCUUUAUGGAUCCAUUCACCAACAUGUGAGCAGUGCCCAUUACUGUGACACUCCACACUGACCUCCAUGUCCUGGCCCAUCCGUAGAUAAACAGAUCUCAGGUGUUUCCUUCACCAGCCUCACUAACACUUCUUCAGUGAAUUGCAACCUGUUAUCUGGUGUGUUUUAAAAACGGACCCAUCCAGUCACCGUUUCUUCUUACUGUUACAGAGUUUACUGCCUCCGAAUCACUCCGUGGAAUACCUUGGUACAGCACCACAUUCUGUUAACCCAGGCUCUGCGUAGCCACGUCUAAUGUGAAAUUAGUGUUAUAUUUUAAAGAAGCAAGGUGCAUUUGUAUUCACCAAAAUUCUCUACAAUACCCGACCUCAGGUUUUUCUUCUACUUCUCUUUGUGUGAAAAGUAAAGAUUUGGAGAGACGGCAUGUACCACAGCCACCGGGCUAUCUCACUGUUACUUCUGUUUUCAGCAUUCAAGCGACUGUACCUCUUCUUGAAGCAGUCUGUAUUGCAGCUCCAGAGCCAACAACACAGUUGCAAAGCCAAUUCAUGGAGCACCCUAACUUUCCUGUAAGGCUAAAUAAAGCAGGCAUUGUUUAUUUUCCUUCCCUUUAUUUAAAUGGUAAUUCAACACUGAAACAUGUGUUCCUCUGCUCUCAUUGGGUAAACGCUAAAGCACUUCCCCAGUGGGUGAUGUCACAGCAGGUUCGUUCCACCAACACCAGACACUGACCCAUAGAGAGCAGCAGCUGUUUUCCUUUUCAUGUUCAGUGUUUGCAUACCCUUUGUUUAUCCUUAAUGAUAUAGACAAUCUGAUGAUUAGAUGUGAAUGUAUAAAAUAUAAGGGACAUCUUCCUGAUUGGAAGAUAAUGGGGCAAAAGUCCUUCUACCUUUUGUUCUUUUCCACACACACCCCUGAGGAAGCAUGUAUUCCUAGAGAGCUGCUUCAGUGAGGAUGGUCAGUGGGUUGAUGGAGGAUGUAUGAGCAGCAUUCUGUUCUGUCAGUCAGAUCUGUGUGGAUGUGUGCUUUAAAGGAUGCGGCAUGUGCGCUCGGUAAUGCUCUUGAUGUGCUUGUGUGACUUGAGGUGUGUAUGGGAAGUGUUGCAGUCUGUCUGAAGUAAAGUCUCCUGUGUGAAAUGCAAACUGUCCCCUCUUCUUUGAGGCCCUCUUUUAGAUCUCUCCCCUCUACUCUUGGAUUUCUGGCUUUGUUAGUUUGUUCUAUGGUAAUUAAAAAAUAUCUGAGAAUAAUUAAAUAUGACAAUUUAGUAAUGUAUUUUGAAAAUGUAAAUCUGUCUGUUGCUGCUCUCAGGCAGGUUUCUGUUACGGGAUGUGAGCUGAUGUCUUUGACUAAGCAAAGGACAGAAGCGGACUGCUUCACACAUGCAUGUAUUUGCAAAAUAAAGACGGAUUAAACCUAUUUUUUUGUGUUGUAA